AUGGUUGCGAACAACCCGAAAAGGAAAGUUCAGCCUUCUACCACCACAGGCCAGUCUGAUGAGCCAGGCGUGGUAGUUGUUGAGACACAUGGUGUUCCAUCCACUUCGGCCGAGCCUUCCUCUAGUGCCGGAUCUAUGCCCCCACCAUCGUCUACAGCCCCUACUGUAGUUCCUGCCACAGCUUCCACCUCGGCAUUGAAGCCGACAGUGACUGCAAAGUUAUCUGACUUAUCCAGUACUGUCACAGCGCAGUCUUCUGUUCAGGCACCUCAGUUUCCCCCCACUGUUGAAGAGAGACUCAAGAAGCUCCUAGAGAACCAGAACACUAUCAUGGCUACCUUGUCGGCACCAGAUCCUGCAGCCCCAUCUGCACCGGUAACACCAACUGGCCAAUUUGACGAGCCAGACCUUGCUGCCGAGACUACUGAGGCAGUGCAUCAAAUGUUCUCCAACCCAGCCACACCUAGAGUCGAGGAUGAGACGGAGGGCGAUGACAUUGCUGGGGACACAGAGAUGAAUGCUGGAAGUUUGGUCUCCCAUGAUGAAUUCCGACUCAAAAAGGAGCCUUCCGAAGCACAAGGAAAUAAAGGAUGCAGAAGAAUAGAGGUGCGAAAUGGGCUUUCAGUGACAGAUUCAAAGUUCAGAGAAUAUGCAAACAUACCAAGUCCUGAAGCCCCUGUGAAGUGCGGACCGCACAAGAAUUGUGCGGCCACAGAAGAUUGCCUCGCGGCCGUAGUCCAGAAAUAUGCGGCAGCGGAACUUACUUUCCUGCUAGCUGAAGAAAUUUGCGGACCACACAUGGAAUUGUGUGUCCGUAGAACCCGAGGGGCAUUUUUGCCCAUGAUUUUUGGACCUGUAUAA